AUGGCAUCAUCUUCACAUUUUGAUAUUUCGCAUGUCUCCAAACUUCUCAUCCUCUUUUCACUUGCUGCUGGCGGACUGAUACUCUAUAUGGUUGUCAAGUAUGCCCUGCAGAGCCAACGCCCAAGCAAGUUCCCUCCUGGGCCACGAGCUCUUCCCAUCAUAGGAAACCUGCAUCUCCUCUCCCGAACCAAGGCCUUUAUCCAGUUUAGUGAAUGGGGACGUACAUAUGGUACCAUUAUUGGUCUCAAGCUAGGUCCCCAAAAUGUAGUCAUCUUAAACGAUCACAAACAUGUGCAAGAGGGCUCGAUUUAUUCUGAUCGUCCGCCAAGUCACAUCGCCAAUGACAUUAUGUUCACGAACGACACGCACAUCUUGUUUGUACCUUAUGGAGACAGCUGGAGAAAAUUGAGGAAAACACUUCAGGGACUCCUAAACAUCAAAGCUGUCGAUCGCUUACUUCCCAUUCAGAACGCCGAGGCCACACAGAUGAUGCAUCAGCUUCUUCAAUCCCCGGAUGACUGGUAUGAUCAUGUCCGGAGAUACUCAACAUCCGUAAUUCUCGCAUCUGUAUAUGGCCUUAGAGGUCCAACCUUUGAACAUCCCCGCGUCAAGUCGCUCUACCAUGUCCAAGACCAACUUACCCAGAUAGCUGAACUUGGUGCUACACCACCAGUUGAUGUAUUUCCAAUACUCCAGUACUUGCCCGACUUCUUGUCACCUUGGCGAAUAUGGGCUCGAAACAUUAGAAAAGAGCAUCGGGCGCUCUAUUUCAAACUGCUAAGCGAGACGCAAGAGUUAGUUGCCAAAAAUAAGGCACCAGAAGAUUCGUUCAUGGUGCGACUGUUGAAAGAACAAGAUAUGAGUGGCCUUGACGACGAACAUCUGGCAUAUAUUGGAGGAAGCCUCAUGGAAGCUGGCUCAGACACGACAGCGUCCACAUUGCUCUCUUUCAUUCUUGCCAUGGCGCUUUUCCCUGAGUCUCUUACGAAAUGUCAAGCAGAGGUGGACUCUAUCUGUGGGGCUGGGAGAUCACCAACUUUCGACGACUUCGAGUCACUCACAUACCUGAAAGCUGCAAUGACAGAGACUCUCCGCUGGAGACCCGUGGCCGCUGGAGGGAUCCCGCAUGCACUGACCCAAGAUGACUACUACGAGGACUAUUACCUACCAAAAGGGACCAUUCUAUUCGCGAAUGCUUGGGCGAUACACCGCUCGUCUGACUACGAUGCUCCGGACCAGUUCUAUCCUGACCGGUUCUUACAAAAUAAGCUCGGGACUGCCCAUGAUUCUAUUCAUUCUGACAACAAGAGACGGCCAAUUUAUGGAUUUGGUGCUGGGCGACGGCUCCUGAACAUGGCAAAACUGGUUUGGGCGUUCGAUAUCAAGCCUGCUGCAGAUAAGAUUGACAGCUCGAUAGAGACAGGGUAUACUGGAGGUUUCCUUAUUACACCAAAGAAAUUCCCUCUAUGUCUUACGCUGCGGUCAGCAGACAGAGAAAGAGUAAUCAAAAGAGACUUCUUAAAGUGUUUAGAACUACUUAAGAAGUUUAAAGAGUAA